AUGGCAGCCCCAGACCAGCAGGCCCCCAACAGCUUUGGCUCCUUCCCAAACCAGCCCGGGCCCCGGACCUUCACGUACUACCCCAACGAGUCCCUGAGGAGGUUGUGGCAGGAGGCAAAGGACGAAAUUGCCAUGACGGAGCCUGACCCAGCCCACUUCAAGAACCAGACCCUGCCCCUGGCACGCAUCAAGAAGAUCAUGAAGUCGGAUGAGGAUGUGCGGAUGAUCAGCGCCGAGGCCCCCGUCCUCUUCGCCAAGGCGAGUGGGUGUACGGCUGCCUGCGAGUUCUUCGUGCUGGAGCUGACCCAGCGUGCGUGGCAGGCGGCGGAGGAGAACAAGCGCCGCACGCUGCAGCGGAACGACGUGGCCAUGGCCAUCCAGCACAUCGACGUCUUCGACUUCCUGCUGGACAUUGCGGGGCCAGGGGGUUACGGCACCAGCCCGCGCUUCCUGCAGACGCAGGGCAUGCAGUAUCCGCAGUACCACCCGAGCAUGGGCCCCCCGCCGCAGGCGGGCAUGUACGGGUCGGGCGGGGGCCAGCAGCAGUUUGUCGCGCCCUACCACCAGCCCAUGGCGCCCGUCCCACCUCCGUCCCUGACCCUGUCCCACCCCCUGCUCCAUGCUUCCCCCUGA